AUGCCUGCUGACUAUGUCGUCUACCUGCCAAAUGAUGAUCCCAGCGCUAUGUGUGAUUUGUGCACUGUGCCAGAGGGCGCGCGCGUAGAAGACUCGAAAGCGGAGUGUGGCGAGCUGUCCAUGGAUCCACGAAACACGCUUUUUAACCGUGCUACAGAGUGGCUUCACGAACAUUCUGAGAGUGCUCUAAUGCAACCUUAUGCUGCACACUCCAAUAGCAAGGGCAUGGAAGAACGGGAUGUGUUUCGUGGCUGGAGGGUGCCAUGUCUCGGCCUGACUGCUGUUGGUUCUGAUGUUGCAUUCUAUGCAAUAGUUGCUCUUGACCACCAAUACCGGGUUGUCCCUCUCACUUCGACUCCAUCCAUCAGUUGUUCUAGCGUGCAUAAUAGGGGACACCAGGAAGUUCCAAGAACCGCCGCCUCCCUGAGAUCCCACGUGCACCUGCGCCGGUUUCCAGCUAUCACCAAGCUGUGCAAGUAUGGCUGCAAGUCUGAUGGCGACGUCGAGUUCCGGAUUCAAAGGCGUCAUCCUGACCGACGAGCCUACCGCCUGCUGCAUAUCGCCAAGGCGAAAGAUGGGAAGGAAAAUAUCAUCAAGUUCACACGUCAGCACUCGAUAGAGCUCCAUCAAUUCUGUGCCAACCUGCACCAUGCACCGAAACUUUUGGGUUUUGAGAGGCUUCCUGGUGGCUGGAACACAGUUGCUAUGGACUACAUUUCAGGGCGUUGGGAACAGGAGUUGCGGGGGCUUGUGGAAUCCUUUCAUGCCCAAGGCUUUGUACACGGAGACCUCCGUGACCCAAAUAUGAUUUGCGACGAUCAGAAUAGGUUGAUGCUCAUUGACUUUGAUUGGGCUGGCAAUGUUGGUGAGGUGUCCUACCCCACCGCUGAGCUCAAUCCAGAACUCACCAAAGGUCGAAAUGCCACCGAGCCUGAUGAUCACCAAAGACGACGAUAA